AUGGCUUCAACACAAAAGCCGCCAGAGCGCAACCGCGCCCUGCGCAUGCUCGGGCUCCCCGCCUUGCCCAAGAAGCUGCCCUCUCGAAACUGGAUGAUCUUCUGGACCGUCUCCACGACCCUCAGCGCUGCGAUAAUCUAUGAUCGCCGGGAGAAGCGCCGCGCCACGGCCAGAUGGGCCCGCGCCGUCUCGCACAUCGCCAAGGAGCCCGUCGGGAGCCCCAGCGAGAUGCCGCGCCGCCUGACCGUCUACCUUGAGUCUCCGCCGGGCGACGGUUUCCGCGUCGCGCAGGACCACUUUGUCGAGUACGUCAAGCCCAUCCUGGCCGCCAGCGGCCUGGACUGGGAAUUUGUCCAAGGCAGGAUGCAGGGCGACGUGCGGGCCGUGGUAGCCGAGCAGAUCCGCCGCAGGAGGAGGGCGGCUGGCGAGGUUGCGCCCGAGACUCCUGAUGGCCUGCCGGAGCAAAAGUCGGAGCCCACGACCGAGGAGCUUGUCGAGGAGAUGCGCAAGAAUUCUGGUGUCAGGGAGUUUGCCGGCGUCCGGGGCGAUAUCGUCGUCGGGCGCCAUACGUGGAAGGAAUACAUCCGCGGCCUGCACGAGGGAUGGUUAGGCCCUCUGGUGGCGCCGCCGGAGCCACCAAAGCCUGUUGCUGUUGGAGCAGAGGAAGGGAAGGAUGCAGAAGAGAAGAAGAGUGAUGAGAGCAAGCCGAAACGACCACCACAACCGAAGCCAUACAACACGCCGGAGCAAUACCCGUCCUCUGACCUCAGUCCACACAUCCCAACCGAGCUCACUCCAUCGGUCCCUAUCCGUUUUCCUCAUCUUCUUGGCUUCCUUGGCACGCCGACCCGAUUUGUGCGCUUCCUGAACAGGCGGCAAACGGCUGAUGAGAUCGGCGCCGAGGUCGCUGCCGUUUGUCUGGCCACGUACCGCGAGUGGAAGUCUGAGGAUGAGAUCAAGGAGUCGCUCGAGUCUGCAGAGAAGGACUGGGUCAAGAGCGUGUGGAAGGCCGAUAAGGGCGAAGAAGAGGGUGAUGCCCAGCAGUUGCCGAAGGAAAAGGUCUGGGUUAACCCGAUCAUCCUGGACCCCAGGAUCUCGACCAGGAUGCGUCGCUUCGAACUGACGGCGGAUGACGAGGCUCGGGCACGGCAGAUCGUCGUCCCCGAGGAAGAGGUCGAGGGCUGGAUAAAGAGCCACCUGAGGCAAAUGUGGCGGUGGGGUGCUCGGCAGUUCCAGAGCGACGGCAAGAAGAUACCCAACGUUGGACCUCUGGACGAUUGA